AUGGCAAAGCAAAUAAUGUCUUCUUCAAACUUGUUAUUUUUCUCUCUGGCUCUACUACUCAUCAUACUCUCCCCCAUACCAAAUUUCGCUUCUGCUUCUUUGGAGGAAGCCAAUGCUCUUCUUAAAUGGAAAGCAAGCCUUGAAAUCCCAAAAAACUCCUUGCUCUCUUCAUGGAUUCCCCUCCCUUUGAAUUCCAGUGCAUCAGUUCCAUGCACUUCUUGGUUUGGAGUAGUUUGCAAUGCUGAUGGGGGCAUUCAGAAGUUGAAUCUCACAUCAUCUGGAUUAAAGGGUACGCUUCAUCGAUUUUCGUUCUCUUUGCUACGCAAUCUUACGCAUUUUGAUCUCAAUCUAAACCACUUCUUUGGCCCCAUCCCACCAGCAAUAAGACACCUAUCCAAACUUAUCCAUCUUGAUUUUUCCCAGAAUAAGUUUUCAGGAGUAAUCCCACCUGAAAUAGGAAACCUGGACCAGCUAACCAUCUUAUACCUAUAUUCCAACAAUAUAUCUGGCUCAAUUCCUUCAUCAUUAGGCAAUUUGAAGUAUCUCAGUGAACUCUCCAUCAGCUACAAUCAACUUAGUGGAUCUAUUCCUUUAUCUCUAGCAAAGCUGAGUAACCUACAGAUUCUAUACCUAGGUGUGAAUAGAUUAUCUGGUCCCAUUCCUAUUGAACUUGGGAAUUUGAAGUCUCUCACUGAUCUUGAGGUGAGCGACAACAAACUUAAUGGUUCUAUUCCUUCAUCACUAGCAAACCUCAGCAACAUACAAUGGCUGAACCUCGGUGGUAAUAAAUUAUCUGGUCCCAUUCCUAGUGAACUUGGGAAGUUGAAGUCUCUCACUCUUCUUUCGGUGAGCCGAAAUCAACUUAGUGGUUUUAUUCCUUCAUCAUUUGGUGAUUUGGCAUCUUUAAAUCUCCUUUAUAUGUAUGACAAUGAGCUUGCUGGUCCCAUUCCGACUGAACUUGGGAAGUUGAAGUCUCUCAAUGAUUUUAAGGUGAACAACAAUCAGAUUAGUGGUUCUCUUCCUCCAGAGUUUGGAAAUUUAACUCAACUACAAAGACUUAAUAUGUCUUCGAAUCAUUUGGUUGGUGAGAUCCCAAAGGAGUUUGGGAAGAUGAAAAGUAUGUUGUAUUUGUAUAUGGCUGGCAACCAACUUUCAGGUGUUAUACCUCUAGAGCUUGGAUUUUGUGAACUCUUUGAAGUACUCGAUCUAUCCAAAAAUAGAUUGAAUGGAUCUAUUCCAAAAAGUAUUGGUAAAUGGGCACAUAUCCACUACUUGAACUUUAGUAAUAACAAGCUCAGUGAGAAAAUUCCAUCUGAGAUUGGUAAAUUAGUUCAGCUUACGGAACUUGAUUUAUCUCAGAAUUUUCUCACUAAAGAGAUACCAUCUGAAGUUCAAAGUUUGCAAAGUUUGCAAAAAUUGGAUCUUUCUCACAAUAGACUAUCUGGUUCUAUUCCUGAUGCUUUUACAAAUUUUCCUCGUGGGAUUGAUAUCAACCUUUCUUACAAUGAGCUCUCAGGUCCAGUCCCCAAUUGGGCUAACUUUGUGAAUGCGUCCAUAGAAAGCAAUUCAGAUUUGUGUGGGAAUGUUACCGGAGUGAAACUUUGUCCAAGUCAGAUUAUGAAGAAGAAAAAUGGUUCCUUUCAUCAUAAACUCAUCCUUGUAAUAAUGCUCCCUAUAUUCGGGGUUGUUUUACUUGGUGUAUUCACGUAUUGCCUUACUUCUUAUCAACAACAAAAGAAAAAGUCUCCACAAAAACCAUUGGACGAAGAAAGUGGUGAUUAUUUCUCUAUUACAAGUUUUGAUGGAAAAGUAGUGUAUGUUGAUAUCUUGAAGGCAACAAAUGGUUUUGAUGAAGCAUACUGCAUUGGGACAGGAGGGUAUGGUGUUGUUUACAAGGCCGAGCUACAACCUAACAAUGUGGUAGCUGUCAAGAAACUUCACCCAUCAUCUGAGAAUGUUGAUCAUAAUGGAUUCCUUAAUGAGGUACGAGCAUUAACGAACAUAAGGCAUCGAAACAUAGUGAAACUCUAUGGAUAUUGCUCCCAUGUUUGCCACUCAUUUUUGAUUUAUGAAUACCUUGAAAAGGGAAGCCUUGGAUCAAUCUUAAGAAGCGAUGUCUUGGCAAAAGAAUUGGAUUGGUUGAAAAGAGUAAAUAUUGUAAAGGGCAUAGCUAAUGGUUUGGCUUAUAUGCAUAACGACUGCUCACCUCCUAUAAUUCAUAGAGACGUAUCCAUAGCCAAUAUCCUUCUUGACUCUGAUUAUGAAGCACAUAUUUCUGAUUUUGGCACGUCCAAGCUUUUAAAGCUCGAUUCAUCCAACUGGACCGCAAUUGCAGGCACCUAUGGUUAUAUCGCACCAGAGCUUGCUUAUACAAUGGUGGCUACUGAGAAAUGCGAUGUGUAUAGCUUUGGAGUUGUUGCACUAGAAGUGAUAAUUGGAAAGCAUCCUGGAGAUCUCAUAACAUCUUUACCAACAUUGUCUGAUGAUUAUUUGGUGGCAGCAAAUGUGGGAGAUAGUCGGAUACCUCCUCCCUCAUCCCAAGUUGAGAAACAAGUUAAGUUGGUUUUGAGUCUCUCAAGAGCAUGUUUGAACUCCAAUCCACAUGAAAGACCAACAAUACAACAAGUUUCAAAUCAGUUAAUGAAGGAUCUGCUUUGAGUAGACAUCUCUUGCCUGAUCAAUAUAUUGUACUUUCAGUGUUCUUUUUACUUUUCUUAAGUUCCCUAUAUGCAUCUUGUCAAUAUGUAUUCAUUUGAAUAGCUUUUUGUUAAGAAACUUCACAUAUGUUU